GAAAGGGUCGCUCGCCGCCCGGGCCGGCAGCUUUGCAAGUCCGCGUUGUGUAUCGCAGUGGCUGCGCCCGGGAUAGCUGGCUGCGCCGCCGCGCACGUGCCUAGGUCCGUCGCCCUCCUCCCUUUGCCCAGGAGUUCCUUCUGUCCCGGCUCUGUUCCGUCUCGCCCCGAGGUUCACUCCAUCCUCGGCGCCCCAGCCUUUCGCCCAGCGCCUCCAAGCUUUGGACCUUCUGCAAAACUAGGUGGUCACAGCCAUGAAUGUCUCACACGAAGUAAAUCAGCUGUUCCAGCCCUAUAACUUCGAGCUGUCCAAGGACAUGAGGCCCUUUUUCGAGGAGUAUUGGGCGACCUCAUUCCCCAUAGCCCUGAUCUACCUGCUUCUCAUCGCUGUGGGGCAGAACUACAUGAAGGAACGCAAGGGAUUCAACCUGCAAGGGCCUCUCAUCUUCUGGUCCUUCUGCCUUGCAAUCUUCAGUAUCCUGGGGGCAGUGAGGAUGUGGGGCAUUAUGGGGACUGUGCUACUUACCGGGGGCCUAAAGCAAACCGUGUGCUUCAUCAACUUCGUUGAUAAUUCCACAGUCAAAUUCUGGUCCUGGGUCUUUCUCCUCAGCAAGGUCAUAGAACUCGUGCAGAGGGUGGUCCCAACACUGGCUGGUAUGCCAACUAUGACUCUCCAUCUCCCAGGAGACACAGCCUUCAUCAUCCUGCGUAAGCGGCCACUCAUCUUUAUUCACUGGUACCACCACAGCACAGUGCUGGUGUACACAAGCUUUGGAUACAAGAACAAAGUGCCUGCAGGAGGCUGGUUCGUCACCAUGAACUUGGGUGUGCAUGCCAUCAUGUACACCUACUACACUCUGAAGGCUGCCAACGUGAAGCCCCCCAAGAUGCUGCCCAUGCUCAUCACCAGCCUGCAGAUCUUGCAGAUGUUUGUAGGAGCCAUCGUCAGCAUCCUCACUUACAUCUGGAGGCAGGAUCAGGGAUGCCACACCACGAUGGAACACUUAUUCUGGUCCUUCAUCUUGUAUAUGACCUAUUUCAUCCUCUUUGCCCACUUCUUCCGCCAGACCUACAUCAGGCCCAAGGUCAAAGCCAAGACCAAGAGCCAGUGAAGGGUUGGAGAGAACAAUGAAGCUCCAGGCUCUCUCUUCUCCAGGGCACCAAGAGGCUGGGCUUAGUUUUGGGAGAAUGAUUAGGUUGCCUUACCUGCAUGAUUUCCCCAGAGGAUGUGUGACCCAAGGUGGCUGGAAUUUUUGACAGACAAGAAGGUGUGGUCUGUUACUUUGAUGUUUCUGUUUUUAAUGUGAAGGCCAAGCAGGCCCUGGGAUGGGAGUGGGGUGGAGGAGGGUCCCAAGAGCUGAUUAUUUAAUUUCUAUCCAGAAAUCUUUCUUCUUCUUGCUCUAUUUUUUAAAAUUAAAGAU